UGUAUUUUUAUACAUUUGCAUUUUUGCUAUUUUUAUACGCGUUUUUAUUUUUAUACUUUUGUAACGAAAGCAAUUUUUGGCAAAAUGUAUUCAAACACUAAGUCUGCAUACACCCAUUUAGAUAAGCAGAAAAUCUUAGCCAAUGUCAAGCCUUUGACAUAUGUUGAAGCUAGACGUAAGGUGGUGCCACUUGCUCAAGCUCUCUUAAUCGAACUAUAUGAGUCGGGCUGCACAAAGUGUGCUAGCGGUUUCGAGGCGAUUAUUAGAAAGGAAAAGGAAUUACUUAAAAAAAUAAAUACAUAUUCACCUUUAAUCAGAAAUGAGGAACUUUUAGUUAAAAUAUUUAAUAACAUCAAAGCCGCUGAAGAGCUAAGUGUAAAGGAACUUUGUGGCUCAUAUAGUGAAUGCUUUCAUUUACUGUAUUGCACCAUUAAAUUACUAGAACCGUAUGAACGUUCACAUGAGGUAAUAGUAGGCGAAUCAUUUCUCUUUAUAGCGGAGCACUGCGAUAAAUAUAUUGCCAAUGCAAAAUCAAAUAAAGAUCAACUUUGUACAAUUGUGGAUAACGUUCACGUAUAUUUUGAAGGGAUCGAGAGUAUAGCACGUAUUUACUUCUCGCUUGCCAAGUUUUUACAGGAUACAGGUAGAGGGGACCUAACUGCAAUUCAAUAUUUUGAAAAGACAGAAAUGUUGACAAGGUCACAAGAUUGGGGAACUGAGGGAUCAAUAGGUUUGAGUGAGCGUUACACAUUACACCAGGCAACGGGGGAACGUUUAACUAUAAUGUUAAUUAAAUACAGUAAAGUGGUGCAGAAAACAAAUUCCGAAGAAGCGAUUGAUUAUGCAAGAAAAGCAAUAUUAACAAUAGCAGAGAGAGGCAUAAAAAACAACUUAUAUCUUUUUUUGGACGCACGUUUAACACUCGUAGAAAUUUUAUUAGGUAACAGGGACUUUGAAACCGCAUUUACCCAUAUUACAAAUAUGAAACCUUAUUUCCCAAAAACAAUCAACGAUGAAGAUACAGAUCAAGUUAAAAUACUAUUCUGUAAGAUAAGUUUAUACGAUGCAAUCUGCGACGGAGAAUUAGAUAAACUUGAAAGUUAUGAAGAAAAGUUUGAGGAAUGCCUACUACUAAUGAAGAAAUUCAAUUUUUCGCAUUUACAUGGGAAAGCAUUACUUGAGUUUGGCAAAAUUCUAUGGCAACAUCAACAGUUCGAGAAAGCUGGGGUUAUAUUUGAGGCAACUAAAACUGUUUUUCUACAACUGGGUGAUUUUGAAAUGCAUAAAAGAACAAUAUAUGUGUUUGCAAAAUUAAAGUCGGAGGAAAUUUUUAAGCCAUUCUUAAAUUUAUUGCAAGGCAAAGGCUAUGCUGUUUUGCCUGUUAUAAGAAAAUGGAAAUAUCGCAAAGCAAUAUUUUGGAUUGAAGAUAAUAGUCGUGAUAUAACACUUCAAAGUUAUGAUGAUGCAAUGUAUGCUGAAUAGAAUUAAUCCUUAAGUAUCACCCAUAAGUAGAAAGUGUAAUAAACAACAAAUUUGUCAAACAAUCGAAAA